AUGUCGACUUUCCCGUGCUUAUACCUUCGCACGGCGCAGUUUGCAGCUCCAGUCGCGGACCAUUUCGGAAGAAAACAGUUCUGCAUCCGACAUUGCUUCAUGGUGAAGGCAUCACAGGCCUCCGGGGUGAACGCAGUGAACGCCUCAGCCGGAUGUGCAGCAGAUUUUUCUCCAACCCGUGCAACUCCAGGUGAUUCAGGUGUAGCCACUGGCCCUCCCGGCUGGGUAACAGCCAAAGAGGUUAGGCCUGGAUUUGGCGAACGUAGAGACGGAUCAAAAGAACUUUGGCAUCGCAUGGCCUCCAGCGGCUCGGCUUACCCGGAGGCGGGGCACCGGAGAGGCUGUUGGUUGCAGCUGUUGGUUGCAGCUGUUGCAAAGUUCACGGCAAUUCACGAGGAGAAUCUGUGGGAUACAGGUCUGUUUGAAAUUUCGAGUUUGGGGCGCAAGCACAUCAGUCAGGCUGCCAAGGAGGGCAACGUGGGUGCCGUGAGGCACUUCCUACGCGUUGACCCUGGGAGCCUGGAGAGGAAGGAUGAUGAAGAAGGCGAAACGCCGCUGCAUCGGGCGGCAGGGCACGGCCACGUCGAGGUGGUCGCGCUGCUGCUGAGGUCCGGUGCCUCCCUGGAGGUAACGGACGAUUUCGGCGAGACGGCGCUGCAUCGGGCGGCUGCGGAAGGCCACGCCGCCGUGGUCGAGCAGCUGAUCUCUGCGGGGGCCACGGUGGACGCGGCCGAUAGAGACGGCCGUGGCCUCGGCGAGACGGCGCUGUAUCUUGCGGCUCGGAAAGGCCACGCCGCCGUGGUCGAGCAGCUGAUCUCUGCAGGGGCCAAUGUGGACGCGGCCGACAUCUACGGCCGUGGCCCCGGCGAGACGGCGCUGCAUAAGGCGGCUGGGAACGGCCACGCCGCCGUGGUCGAGCAGCUGAUCUCUGCAGGGGCCAAGGUGGACGCGGCCGACAACGGCGGCCGUGGCCCCGGCGACACGGCGCUGCAUGGGGCGGCUGGGAACGGCCAUGCCGCCGUGGCCGAGCAGCUGAUCUCUGCGGGGGCCACGGUGGAUGCGGCCAGCACAUUCGGCCGUGGCCUCGGCGAGACGGCGCUGCAUUGGGCGGCUCGGAACGGCCACGUCGCCGUGGUCGAGCAGCUGAUCUCUGCGGGGGCCACGGUGGACGCGGCCCGCAAAGACGGCCGUGGCCCCGGAAGGGUUUUCCGAGUCGUUUCGGGAAAACAUCCCAUGACUAUACGCUUUGUUUCUCGACGGCAGCCGCAGCUGCUGCUCCUUCCGCCUCGCAUCCUCGGCGCCCGAGGCGAGACGGCGCUGCAUUGGGCGGCUCGGAACGGCCACGUCGCCGUGGUCGAGCAGCUGAUCUCUGCGGGGGCCACGGUGGACGCGGCCCGCAAAGACGGCCGUGGCCCCGGAAGGGUUUUCCGAGUCGUUUCGGGAAAACAUCCCAUGACUAUACGCUUUGUUUCUCGACGGCAGCCGCAGCUGCUGCUCCUUCCGCCUCGCAUCCUCGGCGCCCGAGGCGAGACGGCGCUGCAUUGGGCGGCUCGGAGCGGCCACGGCGCCAUGGUCGAGCAGCUGAUCUCUGCGGGGGCCACGGUGGAUGCGGCCAACGAAAACGGCUGUGGCCCCGGAAGGGUUUUCCGAGUCGUUUCGGGAGUGGCUCUGACGAGGAGAGGAAGGGCGGAAGAACAUGCGAUAUAUGCGAUGCUGACAACCCUGAAGACUUUAACUUGCGCAUUGCACUGGUUCUGUGAAAAGAGCUAUGAAGAGAGACACGUUGAACACUUGGACACGCUGGGUGGACGACGCUGGGUGCACGCGGUGCUUUCAAAUCUUUCAACACAAGGAUUUGCAAAGGAAGAUGCUUCAGAGCACGCUCAAGGCCACACGCCUUACGACCUGGCUGAGAUCGAUGGCGGCCACCGCCAGGUGAUGGGCCUCCUGCGCCCAGUCUUUGUGGCUCUUCUGAGUGGCCCAAGCUGCCGUUGCGAUUCAUCACAGGAGCGAACUGUGUUGGAGUUGAAAGAAGAAGCCGAGAAAAAGCUCGGCGUCCAGAUUAAACACAUCAUUGGACAAAACCACAAGCCAUUGGAUGAAAGCAUGGAGCUUGCUGCAGCGCAUAUUGUGCCGGGCAAUACAUUGACUGCCGUGAUUUCAGAAGAUGAAAUUGAAGAGGCACAUCCUGAAGCACAGGCGCCUUCUCAAGCUAUGCCUGAGGACAGCUUCGAAAUCAAGGACUUCGGGCACGGCAUUCGCCUGAUGGCGCAGCAGUCCAUCUUUACCGAGUUUAACAUAAAGAUGGACGUGCUGGAAAACUGGAGCGACUUGAAGAACGUCUCAGUCCUGGAGCAGGCACUGCCUGCUGGCCAUGUGCCCCUGGCUCGACUCCUCCGGCUCACUCCGGAAGAUCGACCCUUUCCAACACCGGUGCAGGUGGAGGUGCCGACCUGUGCUGGUGCCGAAGCCCUGUGGAGAUCAAGGACGGCUGGAUGGGAGAAACUGGAAACCGCCUCUUUCGACGAGACCCGAACAACGGUGGAACUGGACCACUUUUGCGAGCUUGUCAUCACUGGGAAGUGUCGUCCACUCAAAGGGCUUGGAUUCCUCCAUCCGCGCGGUGAGCAUGCACAGGUGGUCGUAAUGCACAUAGGCUGCGAGUCAUGCGAGGACGGCUUGGAGCUGCUUUGCUCAGACCCAGAUGUGCUGCAACACUUCCGGAGAUGUUCUCCCAACCUUCAGCUGGGAACCUUUCGCCAUGAUGAAGACCUCGAAAUCAAGCAGCCUGGCCGAACAUCAAGGAUGAAAAUCCGGUUCCAUCGCAUGCCGCUGAUAUCCUGCGAGCUGGAUGCCCAGUCCCGGCAACACUUUGAUGUGGAGAUCGAGGAAAAGAACCACUGCUUUAAGAUCCGGCCAGAAGAGGCAACAGCGGCAACAGUGGCAACAGCUGCAACAGCUGCAACAGCGGCAACAGCUGCAACAGCCACAACAGCCACAACAGCUGCAACAGCUGCAACAGCGGCAACAGCUGCAACAGCGGCAACAGCGGCAACAGAUGCAACAGCUGCAACAGCUGCAACAGCCACAACAGCUGCAACAGCUGCAACAGCUGCAACAGCGGCAACAGCUGCAACAGCGGCAACAGCGGCAACAGCAGCAACAGCUGCAACAGAUGCAACAGCUGCAACAAGCGCAACAGCUGCAACAUCGGCAACAGCCGCAACAGCUGCAACAGAUGCAACAGAUGCAACAGCUGCACCAGCUGCAACAGCGGCAACAGCCGCAACAGCUGCAACAGCGGCAACAGCUGCAACAGCUGUAACAGCUGCAACAACGGCAACAGCUGCAACAGCUGCAGCAGCUGCAACAGAUGCAACAGCUGCAACAGCUGCAACAGCUGCAGCAGCGGCAACAGCGGCAACAGCUGCAACAGCGGCAACAGGAGCAACAGCUGCAACAGCGGCAACAGCUGCAACAGCCGCAACAGCUGCAACAGCGGCAACAGCUGCAACAGCCGCAACAGCUGGAUCUGCACAGGCAUCAGCUGCCUCGACUGACAUGCGAUCGGCGGCGUCACAGCAAGGACACUUGUUGUUGAGCGGACGCUUCAACAGUAAUGAGAUUAUUGAGUACAUGAAGGCAGUGAAGAAGCAGCUGGAAGCUCGAAAUGUACCAGUUUUCAUGGUUGAAGCAACCGUCGGCCAAAGUUUUGCUGACCUGACGCGGAUAGGAUUGUGCCGUGCCAAAGGCAUGGUAACAUUUUGCACGUCGGAAUAUGGGGCAUACACUGGUGUAGGAUAUGAAACUUUCCAUGAGCUUGAAUUUGCUCAUGACCACCGGUUGCCCUUGUUUCCGAUUAGGCUCUGCGAGCAGUGGCCACCAGCGCCGCAGAACAACGAACGAGGCAUCUAUCAGAAUCAAUUGGUGUUCAAGAAUGGCCUCGUGUACAUAGAUGAUCGGCAGAUGAAUAAGGCCCAACACGUUGCUGAUCAGAUUGCUGAAUCUGUCGCACGAAUGGGCAUCUUCCGAACUAAGCUGCAGCUUUAA